AUGUCAUAUUUUCAAUUGUUUUAUUUAUUACUUAUAUUUGGAUUAAUAAAUUAUUCAUAUGAAUUUAAUAUACGAAUUGUUAAUCAUGAACGUUAUAUAAGAAAUGCACCAUUUAAAAAUGAUACACAAAUAUUAUUAAAUCAAAUAUUUAAUGAUGAACAACAAUUAGAUAAUGUUAUUCGAGAAUCUAUUCGAAAAAAUGAUGAAACAAUUAAAAUUUUAACACAUAAUAUAAUGUUAGCUGCUGAUAGAAUGGCUGAAGCUGGUUCAAAAGAUACAAAAACAAUUUCUGAAUGGACAUAUAUUCAAAGUGAACUUCGUAAAAGUAUUAAUUUAAUUAUUAAUGCAUAUAAAAAAUAUAUUGAUUUACAUCGACAAGUAUGUGAAACAAUUGAAAAUUUUGCUAAAAAUAUGAUUAGUAAAUAUGAAAGUGAACUAUCUUCUAUUGAUCAAAUGUCAGUACCUGAUUCAUCAAAUGGUUCUAUUGAUACAAAUAGUCCUGAAUGGAAUAAAUUUGUUGCAAAAUUUUUACAUAUACUUAAUUAUGCACGAGUACAUCAAGAAACACUUCGUACAGCUACUGAUUGUACUUCAGAUUUAAUGACACGUACAUUAUCUCAUCAAGCAAUGAUUAUGAAUCAACCAGCUAUUAUUUCUCGUACAUUAAAUGUUCAAAUAAAUCAUCCAAUUAAUCGUCAAUAUUCUGUAGAAAGUUUUUCUCUUCCUUGCAAUAGUAUUAAUGAAGAUAAUGGUUAUCAAAUAUGUUCAAAUGCUAUAGCUGAUGCUACACAAACAUAUGCUAAUUCAAUUCUUGCAUAA